AUGCAUCAGUUUAUUAUCUGCGCUUAUGAUGUGAACGCUAGCGAGGUUGUUGACGACUCGUCGUGUGCUUUGCAAGCACACGAACAAGAUUGUUUUUCAAUUGCUAUUGCUGAUGAGCGCUGGCUAGCAUCUGGUGGGGAGGAUGAUGUCGCAUAUUUAUGGGAUUAUCAAGUUUCUGAUUCGGACCCAGUUUUGAAGAUCGAUCACCAAGAUUCUGUGACAAAUGUUGUUUUUAACAACGCUCAAACUCUUUUGGCAACCGGCGACAUGGCAGGGCAUAUCUUCGUUACUCAGCUUAGCAAUUUGGAGACUCGAGCUAAG